UUAAAAAGGGCGCAUCACAUUUAAAUGCUAUCAGGCUGCCUGCUCAUUUUCAUACGGUCAUGUAACACAUCCACAGGUUUCAGUCUGUCGCUUCACACUCGGACUAAAGAAAGUCUUAAAUUUCAUAUUUUUGGGGGUUUUUUUUGCAGGGACACUCACUAUGAGCAGUUGUUGCAGCAUAAAAUGUUGGUUCUUCUUCUUCAACACAAUCUUCCUGGCGUCCGGAGUUGCCCUCAUUGUCAUCGGAGUGCUGCAAUACACGACUUUUACACAGAUCGGCACUCUCGCAGGGAGCAACUUGUCUAAAAUUGCCAUAGUUAUCAUCGCAGUGGGCGUCACCAUAGCCGUCGUGGCCCUCUUGGGCUUUUUCGGUGCGAUCGUUAAUAAUUCUUCUGUGGUGGCUUGUUUCAUCUCCAUCUUGAUCGUGAUCAUCAUGUUGGAGAUAUUCACCGGAGCUGCCUUUUACAUCUUCCGCAGUAGGACUGCCCUCCUGCAGAUGAAUAGUGCUAUCAACACCAAAGCACAAAGGGUGUUCAGUGAAUACAGGCCGGAGAACAGACACGCCAUCAACAGCAUCCAGGAGAAGUUCAGCUGCUGCGGUGCACUUGCCCCCACUGACUGGUCCAAAAGCAGCGGCUGGGAAAACCACGAGGCCGUUCCCGAUUCCUGCUGCCUGGUGAAGCGCAAGGGCUGUGGACACAACAAGGCAAAAAUACACCCUAAGGGCUGCAUCAGGGCUAUCAAGUUCUUCCUGGUGAAAAACUUUCUGUGGGUCGGCGCUGUCUGCAUCGCUCUUGGAAUCACGGAGAUUUUUGGAGUAUUAGUCGGCAUGUGCUUGUGUAUGGACAUAAAACGAAAGAGCUAUGAAGACAUCAGUUAAUGCCUCUUGAGGACUUUAACUGUGUGUUUUUGCAGUUUUAAUAAUUCCAUACUGCACCACUGUU